ACCUGGAAGAGCAGGGAGUAAUUAGAAAAACUAACUCCCCUUUUAACUCCCCUGUCUGGCCAGUCAUGAAGGCAGACGGGCAGUCCUGGAGACUAACCAUUGAUUAUAGAAGAAUCAACAAAGGAAGUAUACCCAUGGCCCCCAUCAUGGCAGAUAUGACACAGGUCAUCCAAAGGGCGCAAGCCACCUCCAGGUAUUUUUCAGUUAUAGAUCUGGCUAACUGUUUCUUUGCCAUCCCAUUACACCCUGAUUCACAGGACCGAUUUGUCUUCACUAUCAGAGACCAGCAGUACACAUUUCGGCGCCUACCCCAAGGAUUCCAAGACUCCCCAGCUAUCGCCCACAAACAUGUGGUAGAUAUGCUGGACCAGUUAAGUCCCUCUGAUCGACCAUUUGUCUAUUCCUAUGUGGAUGAUAUUUUGGUUUUUGGCCAGCUCGAGACACAAGUGCAGAGACUUACAGAGGACGUCCUUGCACUGAUCCAGGACACCGGCUUCAAGGGUAGUAAAAGACCAGACGGAACGAUGCCUCGCACAAAAUGGGACACAGAGCCACGGCAGUUCCUGGUCUGGAUCACAACAUUGGUCCUAAUCUCGGUGAUAAAGACACAGCCUGUCCCCAAAGGGAAAAUGCACAAAUCUCCGCCAAUCCCUAACAAUGACAGACAAGGUAAAACAAUCCUCACCGCAUUGCUGACACACAGCAACUCACACAUAUACAACAUUCCAUGGACCCCAAUACAACAACCAGAUAUUCACCUAAGAUGGAUCGAUUUAAAAACUAAGGCGCUGCCGCGGCAGCCAGUAGCCAGGGUUCCCGAAGCGGGCAAGCUGUCCCACAACGCCACCUUCCGGCUGGAGCCCCGCCGCUCGCUCUCCCAGCUGGAGCGGGGCAACCGCCCCGCGGCCCCGGCCAGAGCACAGCAGGCCGCCCACAACGCCGCCUCCCAGCCGGAGCCCUGGUCGGAGCGGGCAAGCCCCGCCACCCCGCUCUCCCGGCUGAAGCCCUGA